AUGAUGGGUCACCGCCUGGCGCUGGGGCCUCGCACGGUGCCUGCAGCCAGCCUGAUUGCCCGGGAUCACUAUCACGGCGCCGUGCCUCUGUCGCGCCAGCCCUGUCGUCGAGCGGAUGCACGCCCCGCCCCGGCGCGUGCGUCGGACCAGCCCCCUGGCAGCACAGGCGGCGGCGGCGAUAGCGGGCCGCGGCGCUCCAACCUGCCUGCGCCCGUGACGCCUGGCGGCUUCCUGUCGCUCGAGUCGCUGAUCCAGCAGGCGUACGCGCUGCAGACCGCGCUUCCAGGUCAGCGCGGAGACUGGCAGGAGAUUGAGGGCAGCUGGGUGCUGUACCCUCCGGAGGGGCGGCGGCCGGAGGCCGUGGUGCACUUCAUCGGCGGCGCCUUUGUCGGCGCCGCCCCGCAGCUGACAUACCGCUCCCUGCUUGAGGCGCUGGCGUCGCGGGGCGUGCUUGUGAUCACGACGCCGUUCAGCACCGGGUUUGACCACCUGCGGGCGGCGGACGAGAUCCAGUACAAGUUUGACCGCGUCGCGUCGGUGUUGGCGGCCGAUAUUGGAGGCCUGCCUGUGUAUGGCGUUGGCCACUCCCUGGGCUCCGUGCUGCACUCGCUCAUCUGCUCGCGCUACGCCCCAGAGCGCGCCGGCAACGCGCUUAUGGCAUUCAACAACCGCCCCGCGACGGACACCAUCCCCUUCCUGUCCCCCUUCAUCGCGCCCAGCGCGCGCGCGCUCGCGCCGCUGCUGAGCCAGCUGGCGACCCCGGGGCCGCUGCGGGCGACGGUCGAGUCAGCAACCGAUGCGCUGCGCGGGCUGAGCCCCAGCUUGGUGCGGCAGGUGAUGCCCAUGAUAGACCAGCUGUCGCCGAUCUUCCUGGAUGUCAGCCAGGGCCGCCAGGAGUUCACGCCCGCGCCCGACGAGACUAAGUCCAUGGUGCGCAACUACUAUGCAGUCCGGCGCAACCUGCUGCUGCGGUUCCAGGACGACUCCAUUGAUGAAACACUGGGCCUUGCCGUGCUGCUGCAGUCUUCGUCAGCGGUGUCGUCCUCGCUGGACCUGUCAGUGCGCACCCUGCCCGGCGACCACAUCCGCCCGCUGCAGCAGGUGCUUGGGGACCUGCCGCCUGAGCUCACGCGCGCCGCCAACCAAGCCGUGGAGCAGGGCAGCAACAUCCUCGGGCGCCUGGCGGGCCUGGCGCAGCAGGCGGGGAUACCCACCGCGUCCAGCCCACUGGAGGACCUUCAAAAGGGCGUCAGCUCCCUGGCCGGCAUAAUAAACAACCAGGUGGGCGGGCCUGGGGCGGCGACACCAGACUGGGGCUGCGCUUGGCGGCUGGCAGACCGUGCUCAGGCUGUCAGCAGCAUGUUUGUAAGGGGGGGUCCGGCUGUGGUGGGCCCGCGUGUGCCGGCUGGCCUCGGGGCGGUCCUGAUGAAGGGCGGCCCGGGUGCGGAGAGCAUACAGUUGCUCGCUGACGAGGUCGCGGCCUGGAUGGGCGUCGGCGGCGUCGUCACCCAGGGGUCAAAGGCGCUGCCGGCGUCGGUUGUGGUGGAGCGUGGCGCGGCGACGAGCGGCUAG